UCCUGUUGGUUGUAAAAAAUUCUUUACAUUGUUCUGUCAUAUCAUAUUCAACAGAAUUCAACAGAAUCUGCCCAUCUAUUGUAAUUUGUCCUUAUUCCUGCCCAAGCUACUGGCUUGCAGGUUCUCAUCUCGGCUUUGUCUGAUGAAGCAUUCCUUCUGCCUCCUGAACACAACAGAUUAAUCAGAUUUCAAAUCACUGUCUACAAAAUGUCAGAAGACAAAACUGAGGAUGUUAUUCAGUUUCUGCGUGAUCGGGGACUGCAAGAAGAAUUCUUAUCACUUAUUAAGAACGACAAGAUUGACAGAGAUGUUGUCUUGGUGUUGGACGAUGCUUCGCUGGCAAAAUACAUUCCCUCUUAUGGAGACCGUAUUGCUUUGUUCAGUUACUGUAAACGCUCAGAGGCACCCUUAAAGCGCAAAAUGGGACUCUUUGAUAAGCUGAGAAAGCAGCUUAAACUAAAAAAAGGUCAAGCAGAAGGUCAAAGUCAUCAGAGUAGCUCUAGUGACAAUGAGCGUGAAAAAUUUAGUAUAGGCAAGAAUAAAAGAAAACAUACACGCAGUAUUGAAAUUGGGUGGAUUCACAUUGAAGAAAGCAUUAUUAAACAAGUUAGGGCAAAACAAGGUGGAGGAACCAGAAAAGUAGUUAUGGGUAAAGAUGCAAGAAAACUAGAGAUCAUGGAAGAAGGAAAGCGCCUUUUUUUCCCUAAUGGAAAAUCCAGUAAGGGUCAGGAAUCUUUAUUUAAAUUUGAUGUAUGCGACUUCCAACAGAAUUCACUCAGCACAGAUGUAACCAUUGGGUGCAUGUACGACACUAUUAAGCUUCCUGUGCUUCGAUUUUACCUUACUACAGAAAAAAUAAAACAGGCUCAGUGUAACACAAAUGCAACCACCAGUGAAUUAAUAAAUCAGCCAGAUCUUUUGGUAACAGAAUCUGAAACAUAUGCGGAAGGUUCUUUUGCCCAAAAGACUUUGGAAGAGGUGCAAGAACAGCAGAGUUAUAACUCAGAUAUCAUAUUUCAAGCCUCAUUUGCAUCAGAUAUCAUUAUAAAUAGUGAUGAAGAGAUUACGUUUGCCCCAAUAACAGGGGAUGUAGAUUUGAAUGAUACCAUUUUGUGGCUAGAACCUAGCCCCAUUAAUUCCCCUGGUGAAGAGAGCCUUUAUGUCUUAAAAAUACACCAUGCUAAUUGUAUGAAUGAUAUGAUCGAUGCAUUUUGUGACCCUGAUAUUUUGUCUAAAAAUUUAGAUGUAAGGCGAAUACUAAAUGAUAACACAGAGGAAGCGGGUUCUGGAUCAGGCGUAUUAAGAGAUACAAUCUGCCAUUUUUGGCAAGAAUUUUAUGAACGUUGCACUCUAGGCACUCAGUUGAAAGUACCCUUUAUUAGACACGACUUCACAGCUGAAACAUGGAAGGCCAUUGGUAGAAUAUAUGUGAAAGGUUACCAAGACUGUGGUUAUUUGCCUUGUAAACUUGCUCUUUCAUUCACUGAGGAGGUUUUAUUUAAUUAUGUAUAUAGUGAUGUAAUAGAAGAUUUUUUUCACUAUGUAAGCGCUUCAGAGAAAGAAAUUCUAAGUGCAGCUUUGAGCAAUUUCUCAUCAGUUGAAAUCGAGGACCUCCUUGAAGUUUUAGAUAACUACAAGUGUCGUAGAAAAAUCUCUGCCGAGUCUUUUAAACAGACUCUCCUAGAGAUAGCACACAAGGAGAUUGUGCAAAGACCAAUGUUUGUAAUAGAUUGCUGGAGAGAAAUUGUAAAGCCGUUGAAUCUGAGCCCUGAAAAAUUGGCAAAGCUGUACUUAGAAUUGAAGCCAACUCAACAAAAAGUAUAUAAAUUGUUAGCAUUCCCUGAAGAUAUGACUCCGAAACAAAAGGAAGUUUCAAACUAUCUGAAAAGAUAUGUAAGAGAACUUGACCAGUGCACACUCCCCAAAUUUUUGAGGUAUUGCACAGGCUCCGACUUAAUAAGCAGUAGUAAAAUAAGUAUUCAUUUUGAGACAAUGACACCAUUCACCAGAAGACCAAUAGUUGCUACAUGUGCAAUGAUUCUGCAACUAGCUGAUGAGUACGCAAAUUUUCCUGAUUUCAGAGCUGAGUUUAACGCUGUGCUUGACAGCAACAUAUGGGUAAUGGAAUUUGUUUAAACUUUGUAUUAUAGAAAAAUGCAACCGAAAACUACACUAGUUUGUAAAUCACUAC